AUGGCUGUCCUCGGCACCGCGGCGGUUGAGGCGCUCAUCCCGGUGGCGGCGUUGAUUGGCAUCGCCUUCGCGAUGCUGCAGUGGUACGUGGUGGCCAGAGUCCCCGUGCCUUCGCACGCCGGCGGCGGCGAAGGCAGUAAGCAGGGCCGCGGCGUGCGGGGGGAGGAGGAGGAGGGGGAUGAGGAGGACGGCAUGGACUACCUGCUCGUGGAGGCCCGGUGCGCCGAGAUCCAGCGCGCCAUCUCCAUCGGCGCCACGUCGUUCCUGCUCACGGAGUACAAGUACCUGGCCGCGUUCACGGCGGCGUUCGCGGCGGUGAUCUUCGUGUUCCUGGGGUCGGCGGAGCGGUUCAGCGCGCGGCCGUCGCCGUGCGCGUACGACCCGUCGCGGGAGUGCCGGCCGGCGUUGGCGAACGCGGCGUUCAGCGCGGUGGCGUUCCUGCUGGGCGCCGCGACGUCCGUGCUGUCGGGUUACCUGGGCAUGCGCGUGGCCACGUUCGCGAACGCGCGCACGGCGCUGGAGGCCCGCCACGGCGUGGGGCGCGCCUUCGCCGCCGCGUUCCGGUCGGGCGCCGCCAUGGGCUUCCUCCUCGCCUCCAGCGCGCUGCUCGUGCUCUACGCCGCCGUCAACCUCUUCGGCCUCUACUACGGCGACGACUGGGGCGGGCUGUACGAGUCCAUCACCGGAUACGGCCUCGGCGGGUCCUCCGUCGCCCUGUUCGGCCGCGUCGGCGGCGGCAUCUACACCAAGGCCGCUGACGUCGGCGCCGACCUCGUCGGCAAGGUCGAGCGCAACAUCCCCGAGGACGACCCUCGCAACCCCGCGGUGAUCGCCGACAACGUGGGGGACAACGUCGGCGACAUCGCCGGGAUGGGGUCGGACCUGUUCGGGUCGUACGCGGAGUCGUCCUGCGCCGCGCUCUUCGUGGCCUCCAUCUCCUCCUUCGGGGCGGAGCACGACCUCACGGCGAUGAUGUACCCGCUGCUCAUCAGCGCCGUGGGCCUGCUCGUGUGCGCGAUCACCACCGUCGUCGCCACCGACGUCACCGAGGUGAAAGAGUCCGACGAAGUCGGGCCGGCGCUCAAGCGGCAGAUCCUCAUCUCCACCGUGCUCAUGACCGCCGGCGUCGCCGCCGUCACUUUCCUCGCCCUGCCGCCCAGCUUCACCCUCUUCGACUUCGGCAACGACAAGCACGUCAAGAACUGGCACCUGUUCAUCUGCGUGUCGGCCGGUCUGUGGGCGGGACUGGUGAUCGGCUACGUCACCGAGUACUUCACGAGCAACGCGUACGGGCCGGUGCAGGCGGUGGCGAGGUCGUGCAGGACGGGCGCGGCGACGAACGUCAUCUUCGGCCUGGCGGUGGGGUACAAGUCGGUGAUCGUGCCCAUCCUGGCCAUCGCGGCGGCCAUCUACGCCAGCUUCCGCCUGGCGGCCAUUUACGGCAUCGCGCUGGCGGCGCUGGGGAUGCUGAGCACCAUCGCCACGGGGCUGGCCAUCGACGCGUACGGGCCCAUCAGCGACAACGCCGGCGGGAUCGCGGAGAUGGCCGGGAUGCCGCGCCGGGUCCGGGAGCGGACGGACGCGCUCGACGCCGCGGGCAACACCACGGCCGCCAUCGGCAAGGGGUUCGCCAUCGGCUCCGCGGCGCUGGUGUCGCUGGCGCUGUUCGGCGCGUACGUCAGCCGCGCCGGGAUCACGGCAGUGGACGUGCUGAGCCCGCGCGUGUUCGUGGGGCUCCUCGUCGGCGCCAUGCUCCCCUACUGGUUCUCGGCCAUGACGAUGCGGAGCGUCGGCAGCGCCGCGCUGCGGAUGGUGGAGGAGGUGCGCCGCCAGUUCGACACGAUCCCGGGCCUCGCCGAGGGCCUCGCCGUGCCGGACUACGCCACCUGCGUCAGGAUCUCCACCGACGCGUCGCUCAAGAAGAUGAUGGCGCCCGGCGCGCUCGUCAUGCUCAGCCCGCUCGUCGCUGGCACGCUCUUUGGGGUCGAGACGCUCGCGGGGCUCCUCGCUGGCGCACUCGUCUCCGGCGUCCAGGUCGCCAUCUCUGCCUCCAACAGCGGGGGUGCAUGGGACAACGCCAAGAAGUACAUCGAGGCCGGCAUGUCGGAGGAGGCGAGGUCGCUGGGGCCCAAGGGAUCGGAGGCGCACAAGGCGGCGGUGAUCGGAGACACCAUCGGCGACCCGCUCAAGGACACCUCCGGCCCGUCCCUCAACAUCCUCAUCAAGCUCAUGGCCGUGGAGUCGCUCGUCUUCGCGCCCUUCUUCGCCGCGCACGGUGGCAUCAUCUUCGACCACCUCUGA